UGAUUUGAAAAUUCAAUUUAGAAUGGGGGUGGGCCGGGGGAAGAGAAGAGGGGAUUAGGGCGAAAAGAGGAAAGUGGAAAAGAGGAAAGAGGAUAGGGCAAAAAUAAAAACAUGCGAACAAACACUCUCUCAACUUCUCUCUGAUUCCCUCUCUUCUCUUCUCUUCUCCUCUCCUCUUCGAUUCUUUCCUUUCCUUUCCCUCCACUUUCUCUCCAAUUUUCCUUUCUCUUUCCCUCUCUUUCUCAGGUCCUUGCAAAUGGCGGAAGCUUCUAAAGUCAUUCAUGUUCGCAACGUUGGCCAUGAAAUUUCUGAAAAUGAUUUGCUUCAACUUUUCCAGCCAUUUGGAGUGAUAACAAAGCUUGUAAUGCUCCGUGCAAAGAAUCAGGCUCUUCUCCAAAUGCAAGAUAUUCCUUCAGCCAUCAAUGCAAUGCAGUUCUACACUAAUGUUCAACCAACUAUCAGGGGGAGGAAUGUGUAUGUUCAAUUCUCAUCACAUCAAGAACUGACAACCAUGGAUCAGAAUGCUCAAGGACGAGGUGAUGAGCCGAAUCGAAUCCUCCUGGUCACAAUCCAUCAUAUGCUUUAUCCUAUUACUGUGGAAGUGCUACACCAGGUUUUCUCACCUCAUGGAUUUGUGGAGAAGAUUGUCACAUUUCAGAAGUCGGCUGGCUUUCAAGCCCUGAUCCAGUAUCAAGGACGCCAGAAUGCUAUCUCAGCUAGAACUUCUCUUCAGGGCCGUAAUAUUUAUGAUGGCUGCUGCCAGCUUGAUAUACAGUUUUCAAACCUUGAUGAAUUACAAGUCCAUUAUAAUAAUGAGCGAUCAAGGGAUUUCACAAACCCAAAUCUCCCGACAGAGCAGAAGGGCAGAUCAUCACAGCAUCCUGGGUAUGGUGAUGCAGGAGUUGGAUUCCCACAGAUGGCUAAUGCAGCUGCAAUUGCAGCAGCUUUUGGAGGAGGUUUGCCUCCAGGAAUAAGUGGGACAAAUGAUAGGUGCACAGUGCUCGUUUCCAAUCUAAAUCCUGAUAGAAUAGAUGAGGAUAAGCUAUUCAACUUGUUCUCACUCUAUGGAAACAUUGUGAGAAUUAAACUUCUACGUAAUAAACCAGAUCAUGCUCUUGUUCAAAUGGGUGAUGGCUUCCAGGCUGAACUGGCAGUACAUUUUCUCAAGGGGGCCAUGCUAUUUGGGAAGCGACUGGAGGUCAAUUUUUCAAAACAUCCAAAUAUAACACAGGGAACUGAUACCCAUGAAUAUAUGAACUCAAAUCUCAACCGCUUUAAUCGCCAUGCUGCGAAGAACUACCGUUACUGCUGCUCCCCAACAAAGAUGGUCCAUCUUUCUACUUUACCUCAGGAUGUCACUGAAGAGGAAAUUGUGAACCACUUGGUGGAACAUGGCACCAUCGUUAAUACCAAGCUCUUUGAAAUGAACGGAAAGAAGCAAGCCCUUGUUAUGUUUGAAAAUGAGGAGCAAGCUACAGAAGCCCUUGUUUCCAAGCACGCAACCUCACUUGGUGGGUCAAUAAUCCGAAUUUCAUUCUCUCAGUUGCAGACAAUAAGAGAGAACUCACAGUAAUAGUUUGUCGGUAAGGAACUGCGAUGAUACUGGCAUUAAGAAUUCAUUAUCACCCAGGAUAUUUUAUAUCGGGUUGUAGGUUCAUCUUUUUAUUUCUUGUUUCGUUUAACGUUAAGUCUAAUUACUUUUAUGGUGCUGGAUACUAUGUUUUAUUUUUCGGUCUUCAUAUGACUAGUUCAUGUAAGGUAUGCCACUUAAUCUCUCUAGGGUCUGAAAAUUUCUGGGUAGAUUUUUUAUUAUGCGGAUAAUGGUCAGUUUUGAGGAAAUAGGGAGAGAAACAUUAGCUGAAA